AUGCCUAAACAAGUGUAGUAAAAGUAAGCAGGAGGAAAAUUUGUGUCAACUGGAGAUCCAGUUGCAGAUGAUAGAAAUUGGAUAGGAAGAGUUAAUAAUGAAUUAACAUGCACAGCUGCUUGGAAUAGAGAUUGGGGAUUCUUAGCAGGCAAUUCAGAGAAUCUCAAAUUGGAAGAUGCUACUAAACCUUAUAAUAUUGAUGAAUAAAUUAAAAAUCUGUAACAAGAAAUUGAAAAAAUAUAAGUUGACCCAAAUAAAAUUACAAUUAACAGAACCUAUGGCAAAGGAGAUGCCUUGGAGAAGUUUUAGACAGAUCAAAAUAAUAAAUAAAGGAACAAAGACUUGAAACCUUAAGAUAGAAAAAUUCCAAAAACAUGGAAAUAUCAAAAAGGAUGGAAACCAGAACCUGAUCCAUAUGAUCCAGUCUAAAACAUGUUUAAAAGCAAUAAGAAAAAAUGAACUAUAUGUUCAAAUAUUAUCAAUUAACAAAGCAUGAUUAUAAAUGGAAUAUUCGAGCUUCUAUUUCUUCUUCUAUUUAGAAUUAUUUACUUUAUAGAUAUUAAUAUUAUCCCAAA